AUGGGGGUGAACGCCGUGCACUGGUUCCGAAAGGGACUCCGGCUCCACGACAACCCCGCCCUGAAGGAGUGCAUCCAGGGCGCCGACACCAUCCGCUGCGUCUACAUCCUCGACCCCUGGUUCGCCGGCUCUUCCAACGUGGGCAUCAACAGGUGGCGAUUUUUGCUUCAGUGUCUUGAGGAUCUGGAUUCCAAUCUACGGAAGCUGAAUUCUCGUCUGUUUGUGAUUCGUGGGCAGCCAGCUGAUGUGUUCCCCAGGCUUUUCAAGGAAUGGAGCAUCACUAAACUUUCCAUUGAGUAUGACUCAGAGCCUUUUGGGAAGGAGCGUGAUGCAGCUAUCAAGAAGCUGGCCACCGAGGCUGGAGUGGAAGUCAUUGUGCGCAUUUCACACACCCUGUACGAUCUGGACAAGAUCAUCGAGCUCAAUGGUGGACAGCCACCUCUCACUUACAAAAGAUUUCAGACUCUCAUCAGCAAAAUGGAGCCGCUGGAGAUGCCAGCAGAGACCAUCACUUCAGAUGUGAUAGGAACGUGUGUGACCCCUCUGUCUGAUGACCAUGAUGAAAAGUAUGGAGUCCCUUCCCUGGAAGAGCUAGGUUUUGAUACAGAUGGUUUGUCCUCUGCAGUGUGGCCAGGAGGAGAAACUGAAGCACUUACACGUUUGGAAAGGCAUUUGGAAAGAAAGGCCUGGGUGGCAAACUUUGAAAGACCCCGGAUGAACGCGAAUUCCCUGCUUGCAAGCCCCACUGGACUCAGCCCGUAUCUCCGGUUUGGUUGCUUAUCGUGUCGACUGUUUUAUUUCAAACUAACAGAUCUCUACAAGAAGGUAAAGAAAAAUAGCUCCCCUCCCCUCUCUCUUUAUGGGCAACUUCUGUGGCGUGAAUUUUUCUAUACGGCAGCAACAAACAACCCACGCUUUGAUAAAAUGGAAGGGAACCCCAUCUGUGUUCAGAUCCCUUGGGAUAAGAAUCCUGAGGCUCUGGCCAAAUGGGCAGAAGGCCGGACAGGCUUUCCAUGGAUUGACGCCAUCAUGACACAGCUUCGUCAGGAGGGCUGGAUUCACCAUUUAGCCAGACAUGCGGUUGCAUGUUUCCUGUCGCGUGGUGACCUGUGGAUCAGCUGGGAAGAAGGGAUGAAGGUCUUUGAAGAAUUGCUACUCGAUGCAGAUUGGAGCAUAAAUGCUGGAAGUUGGAUGUGGCUGUCCUGUAGUUCUUUUUUCCAGCAGUUUUUCCACUGCUACUGCCCUGUUGGUUUUGGUAGGAGGACAGAUCCCAAUGGAGACUAUAUCAGACGUUAUUUGCCUGUCCUGAGAGGCUUCCCCGCAAAGUACAUCUACGAUCCUUGGAACGCACCUGAAGGUAUCCAGAAGGUCGCCAAAUGUUUAAUAGGAGUGAAUUACCCCAAACCAAUGGUGAACCACGCCGAGGCAAGCCGCCUGAAUAUUGAGAGAAUGAAACAGAUCUAUCAACAGCUUUCCCGGUACCGAGGGCUAGGUCUUCUUGCCUCGGUCCCCUCUAAUCCGAAUGGGAAUGGAGGGCUCAUGGGCUAUGCUGGAGAGAGUGUCCCAGGCUGCAGCACUGGAGGAAGUUGCUCUCAAGGAAGUGGUAUUUUGCAUUAUGCUCACGGAGACGGUCAGCCAGGGAGAAGCUCCGUGGGCCCCAGCCUUGGCAACGGGAAGCGCCCUAGUCAGGAAGAGGACACACAGAGUGCUGGUCCCAAAGUCCAGCGACAGAGCAGUCACUGAUGUGGUAAAUACUUGGGGGGCCGGUCCGGUCUCUGGGAUGCAUAUGCAGUUGUUAUAACCCAGUUAAUGGCUGAACGGGAGGCAGCAUUGCGCUCGGAAGUACCGCUCCCUGAACCUGCUGUGUUUCAACUUAAAAAACUGUGGUUUUGACAAAGACAAGAUUUUCUUGAGAUGUGACUGUGAGCCUAAAACACAGGAGCCCGCUCAUUUCAGUAACUUUAAUGCUCUCUCUAAACCUUUACUCUCAACAUUGAGCAUCAAGGAGGGAAGAGGUUUGAGACACGGGCUCGGUGUGUAGUGCAGGCUAGCCCCAUACUGCAGUGACCCUUCUGUGUCAUCUUCUUGCGUGCUAGUGUUGCACAGAUACGUCAUAUGCUCAGGUCAUGCCCCUGCCUUCUCUGGUGUACUGGUUCUGAAACCUACAUCAUUCCUUUUUAAGCAAUGCUGAGCCUUUUUAGAAGUAUCAAAAAUUGUACUACAUUCAAUUUAAUUAAAUUUGUGAUUCUGUUUUGUGUUAAAAAUAUUUGC